AGUUGCUAUCAUUGUUGAGCGGACGUCGGACUGCGCAUGGAUCCAUUUUUCAAGACCACGUGUAUAAUGUAUACAUAAUAAUAUAUUGUAUGUUAAAAUUAAUACUGCGUGCACGCUGAUCCUAUGUAUUAUAUUGGUUGAAAACUCAAACGACAACGGUAACAUCAGUAAUAAAUAGUAUCAGUAACAAAAACAUCAGUAAAUUAAGUUGAACAAAUUACAACUUGUUAAACUUUAUACAUAAUCGGCAAUUCACGUAAGGUGAUCAAUCUGAGAAAAGUGACAAAUUAUCCAUACAAUCGAGAUCAGCUAAAUCCGCAGACGACGAGACUUUGUCGCUUUUAAUGAUUGAGAACGGUAAUAUGGCCAAAGAGAAAUGGAAGUCGGAUUGUGUUAAUAUUCGGUCAAAUGGGAAAAACGAACAGAUAAAAAGAGAAAAUGCCGAACACAGACUUAGCAUAUUGUCUAUAGUCUAUAAUCCAACUGCACAUCCAACAUCUUAUCUAGAUACACUGAUAAAUAUGUUGAAAGGAAACGUUGGAUGUGGAAUUUUAGCUAUGGGAGAUGCAUUUAAAAACGGAGGAUUACUUUUGUCACCAAUUUUAACAUGUAUCAUUGGAAUUAUCUGUGUUUACAAUCAACAUGUAUUAGUACAGUGUUCAAAAAGUGUUAAAGAAAAACUUAAAUUACAACAUAAUCCACAAUUUGCCGAGACAGUAGAAUUAUCUUUCCAAACUGGACCACAGCGAUUUCAAAGUUACUCAGUGUUUUUCCGGAAUAGUGUAAACAGUUUUAUAGUCAUCACUCAGUUGGGAUUUUGUUGUGUUUAUAUUCUCUUUGUAUCAAAAUCUAUUCAACAGGUGUUGAGUUGGUAUAAUAUACAAUUAGACGUGCACAUCAGUAUAUUAAUAUCAAUGGUUCCUAUAAUGAUUUCAUCGCUUAUUAGAAGUUUAAAAUUCAUUGCACGGUUGUCUGCAAUAGCAAACAUGUGUAUGCUUGUGGGUUUGGUUGUAAUUCUGUACUAUUGUACUAUUGAUCUACCACCAUUAUCUUCAAGAUCCGCUAUUGCUCAUUGGACAACAAUACCUUUAUAUUUUGGUACCAGUAUUUUUUCAUUCGAAGGAAUUAGUUUGGUCUUACCAUUAGAGCAAGAAAUGAAAAAACCAAAACAAUUUUCGUCUCCAUUCGGAGUAUUGAACGUAGGCAUGGUAAUUGUUACGAGUCUUAUAGUUCUUACCGGUUUUAUGGGGUAUUUAAGAUUUGGAGAUGCAGUGCGAGGCAGCCUUACUUUAAAUUUACCUGAAGAAUUUUUGUUAUCUAAAGUUGUAAUUUCGAGUAUGAUGUUUGGUAUUAUAUGCACUUAUACAUUGCAAUUCUACGUACCAGUUGAAAUCUUAUGGCCAAAAGUCGAGAAAAAAUUUGGCCCUUUCAGAUCACCUUUACUUUGGGAAACUGGUUUACGUGUAGUACUGGUGCUCAUUACUUUCAUCGCGGCUGACGUUAUACCACAUCUGAGCCUCUUCAUAUCGAUGAUGGGUGCCGUGGCCAGCACGUUCCUGGCGCUGAUAUUCCCGCCGCUAUGCCAUAUGGCGGUUACCAGCGCUAAUGAUGGCGGCAAUGGUUACGGCUUGUUCAGCUGGAAAUUGGUGAUGAACUGCACCACGUUGGUGUUGGGCGCGCUCGGGUUCGUUACCGGCACGUACGCGAGCGUCUACGAGAUAUUUGGCGCGUUCCAGAAAGUGGUGGUGACCGCCGCCGCGGUCACCAACAGCACCACCACUGGCAACUAUACUACACUGGAGGCGCACUGAACGUCCACACUGCACACCAGCGGCGUCGUGUGAUACAUAACGUUGUCGCGCGCGGACGUUGUCAUCGACUUUACUCGCACACUCGUGUACCCUUAUUACUAUACGAUCGUUAUACCUCGCGCACUCGUAUAAUAAUAUUAUAUAAGUAGGUAUAUAAUAUGAUAUAUGAGACGUGGCUAUUUAAUAUUUAUUAUAAAAUUUAUAAUAUUAUUUAUAUUUUAAAUUGUAAUAGUAAUUCAGGGUCGGCUGUUUUAAGCAAAAUCGUAUUAAACAAGGUUCAUAUACAAAACAAUUUUAUUUCAACGCAUGUUUUAAAACAAAAUUUGAAAAAUACACUUUUUAGUUGUAAUAAUUGAAAUAUGCGAAAAUAUGUACAAUAAAAAAUAAAUUUAAUGUGUAUUUAUAGGAGUCAGUUUAAGUUCUUUAAGAACAUAAUUAACCGAAUUUGUAAAAGGACGAUUUUUUUUUACAAUUUAUGUAUACUUGCAUAUCAUUUACAUUACACUAUAUUUAUAAAAUAUUAAUUGAUUUUAUUAAAUGUCUAAAUUACAAUAUUACCUAUAAAUUAAUUUGAAUUAAAAAACAAUCCAUGUUUAAAUCAAAUAAAACAUAAGAAAUUACGUUUUUUGACUUUUUGAAUAAAAUAUUGUUUUUUAUCCAACCCUGAAUAGAAUCGAUAGUCGUGUACGUAUUGAAUAUUAUGUAAUCAGGAUUAUUGUAAUAUAAUACUAUUUUAUAUAUUAUUAUGAUGUUGUAUAAAACCGAAAUAGCGUAGAUAUAACGUCAAAUUGUAUAUAAAAUAUAUAUUGAAUAUGAUUGGUUAUAAAAUAUUUUUCCUUCCCGUUGACCACCUCCUGUAGUACACUCUGCUUUAAGCAGUACUUAUACAAAGUAUUAUAAUAGUAAUAAUAAGUAAAUAUGGUUCCCUUAACAAUUGCAAUUCUUGAUUUUUUUCCUCUUUUUACCCUAUGUUUUUUAUAAACAGUUUUUAAGUAAUUACUCUAUUUUGUUAUUGUAUGAUGCUCACGUUUUGUUAGCAAUAAAAACUAUUUUUCAAAAAUAACUAUUGUAAUUACAUAGCAGGUGAAAAAUAUAGUCUAUACACGUUCGAAUUAUUCAAAGUUUAAGUUAUAGUUAAAAGUUAGUCAUUGCUUAUAGGUACAUAUUUAUAAAUCAAUUUUACAUAAAUUAUUAUUUUGAAUUGUAUUAUAAUAUAUUUUAUGUUAUUCAAUAGGUCUAAAACUAAAAUCAUAGUUUUAACAUUAUAAUUUAGAAAUGACUUUACAUGUGUUAUAACUUAUAAUGUAAACUAAGUUGAUUUAUUUUAUCCAUAAAUUAAUUAUCCUUUUAUAUUAUUAUAUUGUUUAGAAUUUAUAUUAUUAAGUUACAAGUUUUGAUUUACCGAAAAAAAAAUAAUAUUGUUCUGAAUUAUUAAAUGAAUCUGUUUUUUUCCUUAAAAUAUCUCGAAUUAUAAAUGUGUGCGUAUUUAAACUUAUUUAAAGGCUAAUAUUAUUUUAUAAAUUAAAAAAAAAAAAGUAAAGAAUUCGGAUGAAUACUAAAAUUACAUCAAAUAUUAUAAAUAUUAUUUUGUUUUAAUGUUGAUGGAUAAUAUGUAUAUACUAUUGAAUAUUUAGCAAUGUACUCGUAAAUAAAUUCAAGAUUAAAUUGAUGGGGAAAAUUGUAUAUAUUAAUUAAUUUAAAUCAAAAUUUAUGAAGUAGAUGUAUAAUAAGUUGCCAAAUUCCGUCACAGACGAGUUUAAUAACUGACACACUUUAAUUUAGAUUCAUAAUUUCAACAUUUUAGAGAACUAAUUUUCGACAAAUUCUUUUUAUUUUUAAUUAAAAAUUUAUAACUGUAGACAUGAAAUAUUUAUAUUAGCAUUUAUUAAAUAUGAUAUAGUUUUCAAAAUAUUUUAUCUUUUUAUUUGUGCUAUUUAUAGAUAUCUAAACUUUUUUUUACAAACUUCUUAAUUAGAAUUUUUACCAAAUUCAUUAAAAUUACGAAUAUUUGAAAAUUAUUUUGAAAAUAAAAUUUUGUAAAAUGUUCAAUUUUUAAAGCUAAGACUUACAAAUUUAAUAUAAAUAAUUAAAAAAUAUUCAAUAAGGUAGAUUAUAUUUAAAUUUUUUAUGUAACAUAUAACUUCAUAUUAGAAUUUAAUAGUUUUAAUAGAUAUUUUUAAUUUUAAUAAUCAUAUUUAUACUUUCCAGUAGUUUAAUAUUAAAUUUAUUUGGAUUUGUAACCUAUAAAAUUUUUCGAAAGUUGUAUUUUUACUGCAACUUAAACACUUUUUAUGGGCAUUUUAAGUUCAAUUUUGACAAGAUUGAAUAUUCAAAUGAAAAUUAGCCUAACCCUAUGAAUUUAUACAUCAACAAAUCUAGGUAUAAAAAGAAAAAAAAUACUUUACUAUACAAUAUGCCAUGGCCCAUGAAGGCAUGAAAUAAGCUUCUUAAAUACCUAUGAAAAAAUCUUCAAUAUGCAUAAUACAUUAAUACACUUUUUUCUAUGAGUUCUCUAACAAAUUAUCGUGAUUUUUUAUUCGUUUAAUCCCAUCGAAAAGUAUAGUCUCAACAAAAUAUAUGAAAAUAUAUACAAAUCCACAUUCUAUAAUUAUUUCCAGUUUUAUGGGGUCGUAUUUAAGACUUGGUGGAUGAUAAAAUAAAUGUUAACUAAUUGUCAUAUGUCAUUACUCAUUAGUAUGUUAUCAGUAGUAUUUUAAUUAAGUAGAUGUAAUAAUAUUUAAUUUUUCUAAACAUUUAUAUUCAAUUAUUUUAAUUGCAAACAAAUUAUUCUAUAUAUUUACAAUAUUAAUUAUGUUCUGAUGAUUUAUAUGUAUAAUGUAUACCAUAAUUUGAUCAUGUGGGUUAUUAAUCAUCAUUGGCUUCAUUAUUUUAAAAUGAAUAAAAGCUUUUAGAUCUCAGUUCUGUGUGGGGUACACUGUAUAUGAUAUGUAUUAUAUUAUACUUGUAUAUGUAUUACUGUAUUAGAUUUGUAUAAUAUAAUGAAUAAACAUGUUUGUAUCUUUUAUGUAUAAAUA